AUGGAAGAUCACCAUUUUGCAUGGAUUGUAUGGUAUAUAUGGAAAGCAAGAAACAACAAGGUUUUUAGCAAUUUGGAUAUUGACCCCCGCGAUACUCUCAAGUUGGGAGAAAAAGAGUCGGUCCUCUGGGCUGAGGCGCAAAUUAAUCAUGCACCGAGAUCUGAUCAGGCCCAAUCGGUAGUGAAUACGUCGGUCCCCACUAUCACCGGUAGAUGGUGCUUUGCGGAUGGAUCAUUGAAAGAACAUGAUAGAUAUUCGGGACAAGGAUGGUGUAGUACUUUGGAAGGAUUUGAUAGUUUGAUGGGAGCAAGGAAUACUAGAGUGUGUCAAUCACCCCUUCAUUCGGAGAUAGAGGCGCUCAUUUGGGCAAUGCAAUGUAUGAGGAAUUUAAGACAGUAUACUGCUACUUUUGCGACGGAUUGUUCUCAGUUGGUGAAGAUGGUUUCUGAACCUGAAGAAUGGCCCGCAUUUGCAAGUUAUCUGGAAGAUAUCAAGAUCUUGCAAAGAAGUUUCCACAGCUCAUAG